UCCAGACCCCUGUCGCGUUCCGAUGAAACCACACCACCGACCAAACGCCCAACGCCUGCACGGGCGUAAUUCUGCACACACUCGUCCGGAGAAGAAGUGCAUUGAGAGAUAUUCCAGCGCUGGUGGAGGAAUGGGUCAUUGUUUUGACGCUGUCUGGCUUUAAGGUCGAAGCUGCUUGGGCUGCAGCAGUCCCCAACGGGUGAAGAUGGAGGAAUUCUUGCAUCUACCAAAUGGACAUCUGCUAAAUCUUCAGCCUCGACCCCGCCACGGCAAGCGGACAAGAGUCGGUAACGAGGUACAAACACCGACGCGAGUGCAAGAAUCUACGCCCAAACCUGACGAACGGCACAAGUCUGGAAGCAAAGAGAGCACCGGCGCUUCGCCUGGCACGGCUCCGCGAAAGAGAACCCCUACAAAACUACCCCUUCCAAAGUCUUUUACCGACAAGGAGAAACAGCAACCAAAGGAAGCCCCCACAACUUCUGAACAGAAAGGUCACCGUGCAGAUAGAGUUCUCCAGCCGAAGAGGUCAUUCGGGACACUGCAGCGUUCAUCACCCAAGAGAUCAGACAACGAUCGUGACCAAUACUGGCGGAAAGUAAAGGAUAGAUUUGAAAAAGAGAUUCCCGGAGGGUCGUUCACUAAAGAGAAGCCGAAGGAAUACUACCAGGAGGCCUACCGAAAGAUAGUUUCACUGGCCAACUCCCCAAGACAGGAGAUUGCCAAACAAAAACAGAAGCUGGCAGGAGGGGCGCCUCGGGGCGACAGAACAGUCCUCCAAGGCCCGAGCCCUCCAACAAAGAUUCCAAAUUCCAACGACGGUCGAACAAAUUUCGGGCGCAGUGCGAGAGAAGGAGGAGCAGGUCUCUCUACUGGUCAAAGAAAGCGGCCAAGCAAUGGAACUCAACGAACGCAUCUGAACUUCAGCAACUCCACACCGGCAAUAUCAUCUGAAAGGACAGACACCAACACCGACUCCUCCGAACACUCACACCCCUCAGUUUCUCCGAUAUCUGCCCCGUCCAGUUCCCUAACCGAAUGGGAAGACAAGUUCGUUGUCAAUAUGCCCUCAGCUAAGGAGCCAAACCCGCCAAUUAUGAGUACUCAACAAAUCUCCGAUUUCCAGCAAAGCAUCGAGAAAGUCCAUAAGGAAGGCGGGGAGAUGCUGGAUCCGGACACCCUCCCCAGCCCGCGUACCAGAACUCCCGAGGACGGCACUAACAAUCCUACUGGGCAAGAAAAGACGUCAACGGGCCUUGAUGGUCAGGAUACACGUAUCGGCCGCCCAUCUGAAGUCAGUGACUCCAACUGUUCAGCUGGACACCGCCGGUAUUAUAGCCCAGAAGAGGUCGGAAAGCAACGGUUCAGCACUAUAUGGGAAGAGGCUCCCGCAAAAUCUGCAAACAAAACCCCCGCUGCAAACCCAGAUGGGUCUUUUUUAGGGUGCAAGGAGAUCAAUGGGCCAUACGACAAGAACCCAGACGAGAUCCUGCUCUUCUCGAUGACGGACGAGCGCCCCAGAAUGAUAGACAUCCCGUCCGGACGGUCCAAGAUGUCAAAGGAAGGGAAGCGAAUCACCAGCAAUCGUGCGACGUCGACAUCUCCAGAGAAAGCUGUCGUUCAAGAAGAAUGGAAACCAAUUUCUCAGAAUUUGAAACAAGCCCAAUGCUCGAAGUCCUUGCCGAAGACAAUGUGUCAAGAAGCCAAAUGCCGCCCGCCGGAGAAGAUGGAGGUCUCUGCCAAAGCGUCUAUGACAGAGAAUCUGGAUCCGUCAGAGAACACAGCCAAGCAACACGACAAGCAGAAAUUGGGCCGCAAGUCGGACGAUGUUUUCAUUAUCACACCCACUAUCACACGCACUAUGGUGACCAUGGCAGAUUUGAGAAGCAGCCCAAAGAAAUCAGACGCGCAGGAGCCCACCUCUCGCGCCGCAGGAGAGAUAAUAUCGGACUCUCGAGUAAAACAGACAAUCAGCAGCUCGACAUCAGGCUUGCGAAGGGCGACCCAAAAUUCUUGGGGAAAGUCAAAUGCGCCAUGCGCAAUAUCUUCAACUGCAGUCCCUCCUACCAAUCCACAUCCAUCCCCUCAAAGUCGAACAGAAUCCGACCGUACCUCUCCACAAAGACCUCGCGCUAUCCGUGGGUUCAUCCGUACGCAAGGGCUGCCCAGGCCCAAAACAGGAAACUCCGGUGAGCCCGUGCGCUAUAAUCAGCAACCCUAUGUUGCCAGUGUAUCGCCUAAAAGAGACAAUUCGAAUUCAUUGAAGAGCGCGUCGGAUACGACACUUGUUGAGAAGCCGUCGACCCCCGAGACAAUUUCUCCCGCGGCCUCGAUAAGCAAAGACAGGGUUAGGCAGGACAGCGUUUCGCAAGAGCCUGAACCUAUUGAAGUUGCUGAACUGGAUGGGCAACAAGUGUCUGAUACAGCAAAAGAGUUGUUCUACUCUAAGAUUACUGAUUUCAAUACCGAUCUUCAUACUAACGGGUUGCCUACCAACAACAAGGAAGCGCCAAGUCAGGAGAUAAUGGGCUAUGUCAGGGAUGCUCUUAUAGAACUCUCUGGCCAGCUGCAAGGUCUCUAUGACGAAAUCAUGGCCAAUCGGCACUCCCGGGCUAUGCUAGUGAAGAUCGCCUUUAAUAACGUCCUGAAGAUGAUCGAACACUGCUUGCAUGUCCUCAAAGAUCUUCUGGGAAUCCUGGCCCUUUACAAUACAACAGGAUCCUGGCCAAAGCCGAACCGCGAGGACUUCGCCCGGUCAUUGAUCGAUCUUUGCAAAGCUAUGGUCUACCUCAUUGCCCUUGGGUUCGUCAUGAUGAUCAUCGGCCGAGCAGCCGGAUACGUGGUCCUUAUCGGAAGCUGGAUCGUGUGGUUUGCAAGACCCUUUGCUUGGUUGCUAGGGGCAUUAGGAAGGGCUCUAUUGGUAUAAGCUGGUCUUUCGAUGGGUUUGAUAGGUUUGAUUGUUGAUAUAAAGCGGCCCUUAGCUCGGGUUAUGCUAAGGCAACUCCAGUUUCUGAUUGCUCGCUUCCAUUUAUUCUUUCAAGCGCGAUGGGGAAGCAUAUGAAUGUUCCUUGCUCAACCGUGUGUCGAUGUGGGUUGGUUAUCAUGUAUCAUGUUUCUCCAAGUAUUCUUAACGUAAUGCGG